AUGGAUCUGGGAAAUCACACCAGAGUGAAAGAAAUUCUCUUUCUGGGAAUUACUCAGUCCCGAGAGCUCAGCUGGGUCUUAUUUGUCUUCUUGGCUUCGGUGUACGUGGCAACCCUGCUGGGAAACCUCCUCAUCCUGGUCACCGUGACCUGCGAGCCCCGCCUUCACACCCCCAUGUACUUCCUGCUUCGCAACCUCUCCGUCCUGGACAUCUGCUUCUCCUCUGUCACUGUGCCUAAGGUCCUGAUCGAUCUUCUGUCAGAGAGAAAGACCAUCUCCUUUCAUGGCUGCGUCACCCAGAUGUUCUUCUUCCACCUCCUGGGGGGAGCAGACGUUUUUUCUCUGUCAGUGAUGGCCUUGGACCGCUACGUGGCCAUCUCCAGGCCCCUGCACUAUGUGACCAUCAUGAGCAGAGGUGUUUGCACUGGGUUAAUAGCGGCCUCCUGGCUGGGCGGCUUCGUCCACUCCAUCGUGCAGAUCGCCCUCUUGCUCCCGCUCCCCUUCUGCGGGCCCAACGUUCUCGACACUUUCUACUGCGAUGUCCCGCAGGUCCUCAAGCUCGCCUGUACUGACACUUUUGCUCUGGAGAUCUUGAUGAUUUCCAACAAUGGCUUAGUCAGUUGGUUAAUAUUCUUCUUUCUCCUCAUAUCUUACAUGGUCAUCCUGACAAUGCUGAGGUCUCACACAGGCGAGGGCAGGAGGAAAGCCGUCUCCACCUGCACCUCCCACAUCACCGUGGUGACGCUGCACUUUGUGCCCUGCAUCUACGUCUACGCCCGCCCCUUCACCGCCCUCCCCGCAGAUAAGCCCAUCCACGUCACCUUCACGGUCAUCUCCCCUCUGCUCAACCCCCUGAUCUACACCCUGAGGAACCAGGAGAUGAAGUCAGCCAUGUGGAAGUUAAAGAAACAACUAAGGCCUUCAGAGAAGAUUUAA